AUGACUUGGGGAAAGAAAAGCACGCCAUCUCAGCGUUGUUCACUCAUUAACAAAUGGGCCGAUUUGAUAGAGGCUAAUAUUGAUUCUCUUGCCAAAGUUGAAAGUGUUGACAACGGAAAGCCGGUUUGGAUGGCUCGUGAUGUCGAUAUUAAGGACAGUAUCGGGUGUCUUCGAUACUAUGCUGGACUUGCAGACAAGAUAGAGGGACGUACUAUUGAACAAGAAGAAGGAAUAAAAAUAGCUUUUACCAAAGCUGAACCUAUAGGAGUAUGUGGCCAGAUUAUUCCAUGGAACUAUCCCAUUCAAAUGUUCAUGUGGAAGGUAGCUCCAGCUUUGGCUGCUGGAAAUACAAUUGUCCUAAAGCCUGCUGAGCAAACUCCUUUGAGUGCUCUUCGGUUGGCGGAGUUGGCACUUGAAGCAGGAUUUCCUCCUGGAGUCUUGAACGUGGUCAACGGUACUGGAGCCAUUACGGGACUCGCAAUUUCACGUCACAUGGAUAUUGACAAAAUUGCUUUCACCGGAUCAACGGUGACGGGAAGAAAAAUUAUGGAAGCUGCUUCGAAGAGUAAUCUCAAGAAAGUCACCCUAGAGCUAGGAGGAAAGUCCCCAGUGGUAGUCUUUGACAACGUUGAUAUUGACCAAACUGCCAAUUGGGUUUGCAUGGCAAUUCUUUUCAACCACGGGCAGGACUGCUGUGCUGUCUCACGUUUGUUUGUUCAAGAGACGAUCAAGGAUAAGUUUUUUGAAGUACUCAAAAGAAAAAUAGAGGAAAUUGAAAUUGGCGACCCAGCCAUGGAAACCACUUUCAUGGGACCAUUGGUUUCGAGGCAACAGCAAGAAAAGGUGAAAAAGUACAUCCAGCACGGUUUGGAAGAAGGUGCUGUCUGUCUUACCGGAGGAGUGGAAAAAUUAUCACAUUUGCCAGAGAAAUUCAAGGACGGUUUUUUUGUUCCUCCAACAGUGUACACCAAUUGCAAAAAGGGCAUGAAGAUCGUGGAUGAUGAAAUUUUCGGACCAGUUCUUGCUGUACAGACAUUUAAGACUGAGGAGGAAGCAGUUCAGUUGGCCAACGAUACUGCUUACGGAUUGGGAGCCGGAGUUUUUUCCCAGAAUGCAUCGCAAUGUAUGAGAAUGGUUCACGCUCUCAAGGCGGGAACAGUUUGGUGCAACCAAUACAUGGUAUUGAGCAAUGCCGUGCCAUUCGGAGGUAUGAAGCAGUCGGGUUUUGGCAGAGAGCUUGGCAUCGAGGGAUUGAAAGAGUAUACACAAACAAAAGCGUGUGCGGCAUUCUGCGAUGUGCAAAACCCCACACAUCCACACACCCGCGUGUCAACCCAAAUUCGGCCAGCGACCGCCGGGACCGUGCGCAAUGGGGUUCUUCACUAA